AUGAAUUCUCGUCCUACUCGCUCGAGUUCCAAAUCGGAAGAAGAUAUUGAAAAUCUAAUAAGUAGAGUGUGCUCUAACUUUGUGUCUCAGUUAGAGCGAAAAUUGGAUAGCAAGCUUGAAGCUUUUGAGACGAAAAUAACUUCUUUGUGCGACAGUCUAAAAGAUGUAAAUUUGUCAUUAGCGAAGAAUUCUCAAGUUAUUGAUGAGCUUGCAGUAAAGGUCGAUGUCGUUGAACAACGUUCUAAGCGGAACACUCUCCGACUGUGUGGUUUUGAAGAAAAUCAGGAAGAUGAUUUGAAAACCGUCCUGAAGUUUUUCUCCGAUGCCACUUUGGAUUCUAUUCAAGAAAAUGAAAUACCUUCACCUAAAAGUCCAUCUUUUGAAAGUACAAAUUAUAAAAAAAGCUACUUUGAAACAACAGAAGAAAUAGAUAAAUCAAAUGUAUUUGCAUCCAAUACGUCAAUUCAUCAACAUUUUCCAGAAAAAGUACUAACUCCACUUAAAAAUGUCGCUUCAGAAGAUACCAGUGAGACUAACUAUCCAGUUCUACAAGAAGUAAAUAUAACUAAUACAUUUUUUGGCCAGCGUGCAAAAACGUCAUCAUUUAGAAAUUCUGGACAGUCCUUUCAUCAGGAAAUGAUCAGAAUCAAUAAUGAGGAUAAUUUUGAUUCAGAUGACAGCUUAAAAGAUCCAGAUUUUGUAGACGAAUGGAUUUCGGAUGAAUCUGAAGCAGAAGGUAUGGCGGAUGAAAAUGUGGAAGAUUAUAGUGCAGAAGAAGAGGAAGGUCAUGAUAACACAGAAGAGCAGGAAGAGAAAAAUGUAGAUCGGCAAGAGGAAGGAGCGAAUGCAGAUGAACAAGAGAAUGAAAAUAAUAAGACUAAAAAAAAAAUGGAGAAAGCGUACUAG